CUGCUUUAUGGCACCCUGCUUCCGCCGUAAAGCGCCGUUGGCAAUCCCGCGUGAGUGGGUUGACGAGACUACUUCCAGGUGAAAAACGCGAUUCUUGGAGUUUGACUGACUUGACGUCUUCCCCAUGGGCAAACGCGGGAGCCGGAGCCGGAGCCAGAGCCAGCUGCUCAACUCCCUAACUAAAAAGCAGAAGAAGCAUCUAAGGGAUUUCGGCGAGGAGCAUCCCUUCUAUGACAGGGUUUCCAGAAAGGAAGCAAAACCACAGACUUGUCAACUGUCAGAGAGUUUAGAUACUUCAAGUUCUGAAAGUGAAGCAGAGAGUGAACCAGAACAAGUUUCUGGUUACAACAGACUACUUGCCACGUUAAAGGAUGUUUCCAAGGAAGAUGAGGAGGAGGACGAGGAAGAAGACAGUGUUAUAGAUGCGACAGAAAUGAAUCUUGAAGAUGGCGAUAGUGACGACAUUGUGGAGGAAGAGAUGGCAGUAGAGUCUACUGACAUGCAGAAGAAUGCGGCCUUACCUGCUGACCCUAAGGGAAAAGAUGGGCAUGGGCCACCUGGCACAUCAGAGGAAUCCCCAGAGGAGUUUACAGAUGCAAAACAUGAGUCACUCUUCAGCCUAGAAACCAAAUUUCUCGAAGAGGAAAGAGGAGGCAACUGUUCUCUGAAAGCAUCACAAGAUCCAUUUGCACAACAUGUAAACAAAGAACUGAAAGAAAAAGAAAUCCAGGCUGUUGCCACAAAUCCCAAAACUACCCACCAGCUAAAAUGGCCCAUCCUGGGCCAGCUUGUCUUUUCAUCCAGGUUUCAACAGUUGGAAACCUUUAAACCCACAAAGGACAUUGACUUAAAGUCACUUCAUCUCCAGAAGCCUCUGGAAUCCACCUGGAUCAAGACCAACAGCCAGUUCCUCUCUGGUCCCCCAAAUUCAAGUAGCCCCUUCACACCCCUCCAGAAAGAGCUCUUCUUAAUUAUGAAUUCUUACCGGGACCUGUUCUACCCAGAAAGGACUGCCCUGAAGAAAGGGGAAGAGAUCCGCCAUGUGUACUGCCUGCAUGUGAUAAAUCACGUUCUCAAAGCCAAUGCCCAGGGGCUUGCCAACAACAGCAGAUGCCGAAGCCAGAAACUUGGGUUGGGUGAUGAUGAUGACUUCAGGGACCAAGGGCUAACGAGGCCCAAGGUGCUGAUAGUGGUGCCAUUCCGGGAAGCUGCUUUGCGGGUGGUACAGCUCUUCAUCAGUCUUCUUGAGGGCGACAGCAAGAAGAAAAUAAUUGUAAGCAACAAAAAGAGGUUUAAUGGAGAGUAUGGCUCAGAUCCCAAGGAGAGACCACCCAACCUGAAGAAGCCUGAGGAUUAUGAAGCUGUAUUUGUCGGCAACAUCGAUGAUCACUUCAGGACUGGAGUGGCAAUACUGCAGAGAAGCAUCCGACUUUAUGCCCCCUUCUAUUCGUCAGACAUCCUCAUUGCCUCCCCUCUGGGCUUGAGGACCAUCAUUGGUGGAGAAGGAGAGAAGAAGAGAGAUUUUGACUUUCUGUCUUCUAUUGAGCUUCUCAUCAUUGAUCAAGCUGACAUUUACCUGAUGCAGAACUGGGAGCAUGUCUUGCAUGUGAUGAACCACAUGAACCUACUGCCCUUGGACUCACAUGGGGUGGACUUUUCUCGAGUGCGCAUGUGGAACCUCAAUAAUCGGUCCAAGUACUAUCGUCAGACGCUGCUGUUUGGGGCCCUGCAGGAUGCCCAGAUCAACUCUGUGUUCAACAAGUACUGCGUCAAUGUGCAAGGCCAGGUGGCUGUGAGGAACGUCCCGAUGACAGGCUGCAUCAGUCAUGUCCUGGUGCAGCUCCCACAUGUCUUCCAGAGGAUGGAACCUGAAAACCUAGCUUCAGUGAUUGAUGCCAUUCAGGGGACCCAUGGUAGCAGAAUGGUGCUUAACACAUGGUUUAACUUUUUCGUCAACAAGAUUGUGCCUCAGUAUCGUGAUGCAGUCAUGUCUCACGCGCUUAUCUAUGUCCCCUCCUACUUUGACUUUGUGCGUCUCCGAAAUUACUUCAAGAAGGAGGAACUGAACUUCACUCAUAUCUGCGAGUACACCCAGAAGUCUGGUGUCUCCAGGGCCAGACACUUCUUCCUUCAAGGAGAGAAGCAGUUCCUGCUCCUCACAGAGCGCUUCCAUUUCUACAAAAGGUAAACCUCUCUUUCUCCUUCUAACACAUACACAAUAAAAGGCAUCAGGAACCUGAUUUUCUGUGAACUGCCAACAUAUCCCCACUUCUACAGUGAAGUCUGUAACAUGCUGCAAGCCACCACCAGAGGAGAGGAAGCUGCCUGGGCCUGCACUGUCCUCUACUCCAAGUACGAUGCCCAGAGGCUGUCUGCUGUGGUUGGGGUGGAGCGGGCUGCACAGAUGCUGCAGUCCAAGAAGAACGUCCACCUCUUCAUUACUGGAGAGAGAUGAGAAUUGGUUGGACAGGAAAUGGUGUUUGGUGUGAUAUGUCAUGCUUGAUUCUGUGUCUCUUGGACCUGAUUCUGAUCACUUACACAAAGAAGGGCUGCAACAAGGAAG